AAUACUCAAAUGAUGUGUUCAGUCGGUGGUCGCAGGUUUCUGUUUUUAACACGCCCACCGAACAUCUUCAGCACUGCGGACAGCAACCGCGAUCCAGGGCGGUGAUUGGCCAACGAGGUGGAAGAGGGCGGGUUCAGAACGUAAUGCGGCACUCCUAUUGGUUAAAAUCCGUAAGCGUAGUCACUGCUGUGUCUGGAUAUGCGGGGGAAUGUUGACUCGCACUCAGUGAAGAUUACAACACACUUUAUUACAAACAAUCUGAAGAACCGAGCGUCUCUGAUGACUCUAGUUGUUUGUGCUGGUGUUUGCUCAGGAGUGAAUGAGUGUUUAAGUGUGCACUAGAAAGCCAUGCUACUGUAGAGGCCCGGUGUGCAGAAGGUUCACAACUUUUAAGAACAGGUAGCAGUCAUUAUUUUCCCAAUGGCUGAAAAAAACUUUCCUCCUCUGCCGGGCUUUAUUCCUCUGAAUCCGUGCUUCCACCAGGACUUUGAGGAGAUUCCUGACCAGCACCGGACCAUGUGCAAGAGACUCUAUCACCUGUGGAUCUUGUACGGAGUGACGCUGCUGGUGAAUUUCUUGGGCUGUAUGGCGUGGAUGUUUGGAGGAGGAGGAGUGACUAACUUCGGGAUGUCCAUCCUCUGGGUUAUUCUCUUCACCCCCUGCUCUUACGUGUGCUGGUUCAGACCCAUUUACAACGCCUUCAAGACUGACAGCUCAUUCUACUUCAUGGCGUUCUUCUUUGUGUUCAUGGCACAACUUUUCAUUGCUAUAAUUCAGGCCGUUGGUAUACCAGGGUGGGGUGUUUGCGGCUGGUUGGGCACCAUCUCCUUCUUCGGCACGAGUGUCUUUGCCUCCAUCAUCAUGUUGAUCCCCACCCUCAUGUUCACCGCAGUCGCUGUCAUCUCAUUCCUCGUGCUCACAAAGGUUCAUAACUUCUACCGUGGCAGUGGCGGCAGCAUGAGUAAAGCGCAGGAGGAGUGGGUUUCUGGCUCCUGGAAGAACCCUCCGGUGCAGCAGGCGUCUCUGGGAGCGAUGCAGGAGCCGCAGACGCCACAGUACUCCACGCCCAACUACGACAACACCGUGUGAAACACAGCCAAAGCAUCGGUCAUCAACACCCGCUGACCGCCAAGUGAUGCGGAACGACCCGACUGAUGCUUGGGAUCUUUGGGUUUUUACUUGAAAUCUGUGUUUUUAUGCAUGCUUUUGUAUCUGUUUUAGCUUAUUUGCUCCCCGCUUAGGAACAUAUGUUCUGAGAACUUUCUGCUGACGUUCCCACUGAGUUAUGAAAACAUUAUUCUCUCAACAUUCAA